AUGAAGUUGACCCAUAGUAUUUCACUCGCUGCUGCCGCAUCUUUAUUUCCAUUAUUUCAAGUCUCACAAGCUUUGCCCACUGACACAUUAGCAGGAAGUUUCAAAGUCAACUUCAAUGUCAAAAGAGGUGAAAAUUUGCCUUCUGUUGUUGCUGGUUCUAGAGCACACGCUAAACGUGCCAACCAAGAUGGUGCUGUGGAAAUGACAUUGAAGAACCAAGAAAUUAUCUACGUUGCUGAAUUGGCAAUUGGAUCUAAUGGAGACAAAGUUGAAGUGCAUGUAGAUACUGGAAGUUCCGAUCUUUGGAGUCCACCUUUGGGUGAUUCAAGUGACAACUCAACUUCAAGUUCUAGCUCUGCUGAUGCUGCAGAUGGUGGAGACAGCAACGACUCGGGUUCCAAAACUUGUACUGGGGUACCAUACCAAACUUAUGCAUUUGGAACUUGGGGUUACGAUACUGUCAAGAUUGGAAAUGUGUCAGUCUCGGAUGUCGCUUUCGCUAUUGCUAAUUUGACUUCAAACGAUAUCGGCGUUUUGGGUAUUGGUUUACCUGAAAUUGAGUCUGUGGCUAGUUAUGAAAACUUGCCAUACAAGAUGAAGACCGAUGGUGUUAUUAAAAAAGUGUUGUAUUCAUUGUACUUGGACCAGAAAGAUGCCAGUACUGGUUCAGUCUUGUUUGGUGCUAUUGAUCAUGCCAAGUACGAAGGCAAGUUGGAAACAUUGCCAGUUUCCAAGAACGCAAAAGGAAAGUAUGCCGACUUGAUUGUUGACAUUCAAGGUUUGUCCGUUACUGAUGAAGGUGAAACAAGAGCAGUUAGUGAAAAUGCAUCCCGUGCUCUUCUUGACUCCGGUACUCCUUUGUCCCGCUUGUUGCCUGAAGAAUUUGUCGAAUUGGGAGACAAGCUCAAUGGUGAAUUUGAUGAAAAAGAAACUGCAUUCAGAGUCGAUUGUGAAUUAUCCAAAUCGAAUGCCACUUUCGACAUCCGUUUCGGUGAGCUGACCCUUCGUGUGCCGGUAAGUCUGAACCAACAGUUACUGUUACCAAUGGUUUUGAGUUCGAGACGUACUGGUGACUCAAACACUUCGACUGGUGCUGCUGGGUCAAAUGGAAGCUCUCCUUCUGCUGUUGGACAAGUUAAUGGCGGAUUGUCCAUGUACAACUUUUCUUGGUUGUCGGUAAUUGUCACCUUGGCCAUCCAAUUCAGCUUGUUGUAA